GUCGUACAACACUCACGAUGGAGUGUGUGUUGCCCGAUUCGAGCCCUCGGCUUGACACGGCCAUGUCUGGUCUGGACUCUCGGCUCUCCUCUUUUCACUAGGUGCCCUGGCUUAUCAUGCUGGGACGUGGCUCGUGACAAGGUGCCGUGGUCGACCUGGACCUCCGGUCUUCGUCGCAGAGGCCGGAAUCCAUUCCGGCCUCACAGGUAUAUCAACGCGGGCUCGCUCCAAGCCAGGCAGCCACCCUUCAACUUGGCCCGGCAGACUCAACACACAAUCCAAACACCAAAAAUCCCACAUUCUCACCAGCACCAAAAUUUCCCCCAGCUUUUUUCACAUACCAAUAUCCGCUAUACACCCUCAAAAAGACAACUCACCACCACCACCACCACCAAACAACCACCUGCCUGCCACAAUGGGGUCCGUCGCAGUAGACGACAACUACUCCACCGCCGACUUUGGCGUGCUGGAGGACUGCCGGCCCGACGACCACACCCUCCAGGCCUUCAUGGUGUCCAAGCCCAGGGGGUUCCUGCCGCGCGCGGACCCGAUAUGGCAGCUCCCCUCCGACUUUGACCCCCUCGAGGACAUCCUGCAGCGCAUGCCCGUCAAGACGGCGUCGGGCGAGCCGGGCCUGCUGGCGCACGGCAGGCUGGGCCCCACCGUCGACGAGUCGUUCCCCGACCUGACGUGGGCCGUCGACAAGCACGCCGCCGACAAGCCGCUCAUGAACGCGCUGUACCGCGACUACUCGUUCCUGCUGUCCGCGUACCUGCUCGAGCCCUGCCACAUGAGGUUCCUCAAGGGUGAGCCCUACGGGCUGGGCCGUCAGAGCCUGCCUGCUGUUAUUGCGAGGCCGAUGGCUAGGGUCGCUGAGUUGACCGGGUUCAUGCCGUUCAUGGAGUACGCCGGCAGCUACGCCCUCUACAACUACAAGCUGGCCGACCCGUCCAAGGGCAUGGACUACGACAACAUCCGGCUGAUCCGGGCCUUCGAGCACGGGCUGGACCACACGUCGAGCGAGGCGGGCUUCGUCCUGGUGCACAUCGACAUGGUGCAGAACUCGGGGCCCCUGGUGUCAGGCACGGUGGAGGCCCUGCAGGCCGCGCACGCGAGCCGGCGCGAGCUCAACGCCGCCAUGGCGAAGCAGCUCGGCGCCCUGCGGCGCAUCAACGCCACCAUGGAGACCAUGUGGAUGAAGUCCAAGCCGCGCGACUACACCACCUUCCGCACCUUCAUCUUCGGCAUCACGUCGCAGUCCAUGUUCCCCGACGGCGUCGUCUACGAGGGCGUCAACGACGGCAAGCCGAUGAGCUUCCGCGGCGAGUCCGGCGCCAACGACUCCAUGAUCCCCCUCAUGGACAACUUCCUCCAGAUCCCCAUGCCCGACACCCCGCUGACCGAGAUCCUCAAGGACUUCCGCAAGUACAGGCCGUCCAACCACCGCGCGUUCCUGCAGCACGUGCGGGACCGGUCCGUCGAGGUCAACCUGCGCGACUUCGCGCUGCGGCUGCAGAAGCAGGCCGGCAGUGACGAAGACGACGACGAGGAGCUCUGGGAGAGCAGGCGGCUCUGGCUGCAGCUGCUCGACCAGGUGCGCGAGUUCCGCUGGCGCCACUGGUGCUUUGGCAAGGAGUACAUCCUCAAGAUGACAGAUCACCCCACCGCGACUGGUGGCAGCCCCAUCGUCACUUGGCUGCCGAACCAGCUCAAGGCCGUGCUCAACGACAUGGUCAACAUUGCGGCCACGGUGGGCGAGGAGAAGCUUGGCAGCGAGGUGCAAGCUAUCAUGGAUCUGGUCAGGCGGCAGGAGGAGACGCUGCGCAAGGAGGUUGAGAAGUACUGCGAGGAGAGGGGUGUUGCUCGUUCUUGAUGCGGGUGUUUACGCAUGUGCAGGGUGGUGUAGGGUUGAUCUCGCUGUUUUUUCGCCGUGUGCUCAUGGAGCGCCCGUUAGCAAUGUUUGUGGUGCAUUUAGAGAUACCUCAAUCGACGUAUGGCUUGUUUCAGGUGUGCGGCACGAGCUAGUGCGUACAGUGCUUCUCACAACUUGGAUACGUCGUUGAGCCUGCUCGAUGCGCAGUGCCAAUUGUGAUGGUUCUAAUGGAGUAGCCCCCGGCCAGAUUUAGUUUGCAACCGCUGCCUUGAUUCCCGGAACGAUUCUCCGUCUAUUACCUCCGGGGUUCGGUCGCCGAACCAAACCUUCGCUGGCAGGAAGUCUCUGAGACACGGUAGAGGAGCACGUCAUUGUUCCAUUACAAUAUGUAUCGUGAUUGCAGCAGGUGCACCACGUCUUGCAUCUGCAGAGCCCACGUAAACACCACAAGAGCUUGUUUGCAUGGGAGACUGACCUCGAGCUCAUCUUCCGCAGCACCUCGUGAAGCCUGGAUUCCAUGCUAUGCCAUAAAGUGCUGCACCUCAACCGCAUUCGUAUUCGGCGCCUUGCUGGUGGUUCUCGAUGUCAGUGGCCUUGUUUGACCACUUCACUUCUGCCACUCUGAGGGCGGUGAUACAGUCCGGUGGAACCGUCGUAUUUCAGUACAAUUAAUUCUAGGCCGCGCAGACUGGUAUCGGCCAGGCUCCUGGAGGCGGGGAGCCUCAUUGACAGGCCAAUGGAUACUAUUCCUAGAGUCGAAGGGUUGAGCACAUGUCAGGGAGGCUUGUCCUGUGGACUUACGUAGCUCAUCCGUUGAGUGAUUGUUGCUGUGGUUUGGCACGCUACUUAGUGUGAUCGCCCCGUUAAUUAGAUCUCAAUGGAUUUUAACACUCGACUGCAAAUGCGAUGAGCUUCCCUGUUGGUGGGUUUGGGGCAUCCGCUAGGAUCCCGGACAGAUUGUUUGAGAAUACUGCGUCGCACGAUGCACGGGGGAUUAGUUGCUCGGUGUAGCUUUGGCUAGUGUUGAUGCCGCGACCGUGCUGGUAGCAAUGCGCUGCAGCACGACUCAGAUCUCGUGAAGUGGAAAUCAGAGCAAGAUGGUGCGGAGUGAGUCCUGUAUUUGGCAUUCCAGAAGUAGAAAGGAGCCAUGCCGGAAUGGUGAUCUGAAGCGUGCUUAUCGCUUGUCGCCUAUGUGCACGACCAUGCAUUUCGGGUCUCGCGGUACGGGGGAAAUGACACGCCGCCCUCUUGCGUGGUGUUUCAUCUUGCGUUGAGCCCAAACCAGAGAGCAUGGAGAAAUUGGAAAAGGAGACGCUGGUGACCCUGCCGAUCGACGUGGUCGCUGACGGGAAAGAGCGGAGAUCCGCGUCGGGUUGGCGUUUUGAAUCACCAGACACCUACCUACCAUGGUUGUUUAAAAAACAAAUCACCCUUCAGAUCAGUAAGCGCCUGGAAAAGAGGCCCUUGUUGAGGAGGGCGGUCCAAGUGGGGAUUGCUUCGCGAAACGGCAUUGAUCGUGAAGGUAGGGUUGGUGCCGGGUCGAGCGGCAGGCGAUGACGAAUGAGCUAGGAGGCAUUAUCACCACGAUCCUGUUUGCCGGUUGCCUUUGAGCGGGAGUCGGGCAGGCUGGCAGGUCGGGCAAGUCGGGUGCAGGAUGUCAGUGGGUGGAGUUUAGUUUUUGCCUCGGGCUCGCUCGGGAGUUGUGGUGCACGCGGUGGUGGCGCCUCGCAGGAUCCAAGGGUCCUGGUCUUGUGGGCGGCGAUGAACUCGUGUGCCUGGUGCAGGCAGGCAGCCGGGCAGCCGGUGCAGGUUCUGAAUCCAGGACGGAGGAUAGAGAGCCAGCCAGCCAGAUGGCAGAGUUUUCCUCGGUAUCGAUGCUGGUUGUGCAGGGCUUGGCGGGCUCGGUUUCCUCCUCGAUUGCGCUGACGAUGGAUGCUCACUGCGUCCUGAUGUUGGAUCGCUGCAUCUGACCUCGGUGGCUCGGACGGCCAGGUUGUCCUGUCCUGUCUUGUCUGCAUGCAGGCAGGGAGAACCAACGCCAGCCCCUUUGUGAAUGAACCCGGCGGGGAUCCGGAGAUUGAG